UUCCAGAAGCAAUUGCACUAUCCCCCUCUAGCGUCAAUUGAGGUGUGGUUGACCGUUGAUGUAUCACGAUCGGAAAAACGACAAUAUCACAUCAAAAUAACCUCCAAAACGGGGAUUUUCCUCAGGAACGUUGCUGAAUCUAGAAGUAACUAGCCAUGGCUGCUAUAAGAAAGAAGCUAGUAAUAGUUGGGGAUGGUGCCUGUGGUAAAACAUGUCUUCUCAUCGUCUUCAGCAAAGAUCAGUUCCCUGAAGUUUAUGUGCCAACUGUUUUUGAAAAUUAUGUAGCAGAUAUUGAAGUGGACGGAAAACAGGUUGAGCUGGCGUUGUGGGAUACAGCUGGACAGGAGGACUAUGACAGACUCAGGCCUUUGUCUUAUCCAGAUACAGAUGUCAUCCUUAUGUGUUUUUCCAUCGACAGCCCCGACAGUUUAGAGAAUAUUCCAGAGAAGUGGACGCCAGAAGUGAAGCAUUUCUGUCCUAAUGUACCUAUCAUAUUAGUAGGCAACAAAAAGGAUCUCAGGAAUGAUGAUAACACUAGGAGAGAACUGUCCAAGAUGAAACAAGAACCAGUUAAAACAGAAGAAGGCCGUGCAAUGGCAGAGAAGAUAGGUGCUUUUGCCUACCUUGAGUGCUCCGCCAAGACCAAGGAAGGGGUUAGGGAAGUCUUUGAAACAGCCACAAGAGCUGCCUUGCAAGUUGAGCUGGCGCUGUGGGAUACAGCUGGACAGGAGGACUAUGACAGACUCAGGCCGUUGUCGUAUCCAGAUACAGAUGUCAUCCUUAUGUGUUUUUCCAUCGACAGCCCCGACAGUUUAGAGAAUAUUCCAGAGAAGUGGACACCGGAAGUCCGCCAUUUUUGCCCCAAUGUCCCCAUCAUCCUUGUCGGGAACAAGAAAGAUCUGCGCAACGACGAAAACACCAAACGAGAGCUGAUGAAGAUGAAGCAGGAGCCGGUGAGACCGGAGGAGGGGCGUGCACAGGCUGAGAAGAUCAGUGCUUACGCUUACCUCGAGUGCUCUGCCAAAACCAAGGAGGGAGUGAGGGAAGUCUUCGAAACAGCCACCAGAGCUGCCUUGCAGGUUCGGAAGAAGAAGAAGGGCGGAUGUAUAUUGUUGUGAAAGGGACUACUUUGUUUACUGGACACAAUUCUUUGCCAUUUCUACAUUCUUGGUGCUUCAUUGGUCGUCGUGUAUUUAUGAUCUGUUAAUGACGAUCCAAAUGGUUAUCUUAAUAACGUACUCAUCGUUCCACCCCACACGUGAUCACUGACGUCAUAGACAUGUAGAUCGCCUCCAGCACCAGAAACCAUGGUCAAUCUUUGCCUGCAACUCUGCCGAUAAGCUAGACGCCUUAAACACCCAAUAUAUUUUGCUAAUGUGCCCCUUUAUUAUGAUAUCUCAAGUUGUAGAUUUGUUACUUGAGGACAUGAAACUAGUCCCCCUACAGCAUGUACUUUUCAAUCUUGGGAAAUCAUUCCACUUAGGCAUGGUACACUAUAAACUUUCAUGUAUGUAUAGAGAGAACUGGUAUUACCCAAAAGUAUACUCGGAUUAUGAUUGGAAAUGUAUUAUUGCAUGAUGAUCAAGUAUACAACAAGGUGUGGUGGUAACGCGCGUUCUGGGUCUGUAGUACUAGCGAAGAGGAAAGGUAAGCCUGCAUAUUGAAUGACUAUGAUUUCAAAGUGGGCGUUACCCGGAAGUACACACGUUCAUUGUAAAUAUGAAAAGUCGUAUUGAGGAAAACUUCGUACUUGUUUGUAUGGUGCGUUUUAGUGUUGGUUGUAAAGAAACUACGCACUUCGACCCCAUGCAAUCUCUAUGCACUGGGUUUUGAAACAACUGGCUGUACAGGACAGUGUAGGCCUUUAUGACUGCUGUCAUGCUGUUUUCGACCAAAUCGCACGUUAGACAUGCAUCGUUUAUGUUUACAGAAUAGUUUGAAAUUACUCCAAAUACUUUUAAAGGAAUUUAUUUGUUGACAGGAAAGUCUUACAUAAUUUGUGCAACUUUGGAAAUUUUAUGUUUUAGCUUUUGGAUGUAGGGACGUCUUUCUCUGAUACAUAUAUUGUAAACCGACAGUCAACCUUUUGACAUAGAGACAGGCAGUGGAACACGUAAGGAAGGGAAUUCGGUCUUACUUCGGCCAAGUUUUGUCCAUAGCAAUUAUAUCCAGUUUUAUGUGUACUGUUUGCGUCGCGACUUAGCAUUUUAAGCUUUACUGUUGGAGGUGUGUCAGUCAGAAAAGUGCACCCCUCAUUUACGAGGGCCCAAGGGUAGAUGCAUUACUCAUUCUACAGCCUAGUGUUCACAGCUUUUUUAUCGAAACUUCAAGAGUAUAGGGAUAUCUCUCGAAUAUCACCUGUCCACAGUGAAAACAGGAAUUCGCUGUUUCGAUGGAUUUGUAUCCAGUGCAAAUACACCUGCUCCGUAACGGUGGUGGUCGGUCACAUUAAACACUUUCGUAAGCAAUAAGACAGUUAGCUUUAAUUUCUGUGUUCACCAUCGAACUUAAUCAUCCCUUUGGUUCUAGUUAUUACUGUGUAAACAGUUAUGUUAUUGGCCUCUAGCUACUUGUGUGUGUCGUUUGCAAGUGAGUUGACCGAAAGUCACAUAUGCAGGUCUGACUUCAGCAGAUGAAACCCACUUUUUGUGUGCGUAUAGACAUUAGAUCGAUUGUCCAAAACGCCAGGUUCUUUUGUAAAGCUCUGCACAUGUGAAUGUAUCAACCAUUUUUGUGACACUCUAGUUUUUCUUUGUAAUUUCUUUUUGCUUUAUGUCCAGUGUACGAACAGCGCCGUCUGUUUACCCAUACACAAGAGCAUAUCUGGGACUCAAGGAUUUCCCCUCAUUUUUCGGAAUUUCCUGACAUAUUUUUGGGGUCUCGUUUUAAUUUUGUUACUUGCUAUGAUGUCUGUAUGUCUCUGCUUGUGGUGUAACCAAUUUAUACAUUUCAAACAAAACAGGACAAAUUGUAUCUUAUUUUUACUGAAUUAACUAUUUGGAACCAUGACAAAACAUUAGUUUGUAAACAUCUGGAUGCGUUUUGUUUGGAAUGUGAUUGUACAUAUUAUGUAGGAGUGAUCGUUCGACAGUCUCCGUAACCCGUACGUUUGCUUUUCUCCGUUCUAUCAUGGGUGUGGGCUCUUGUAUCGAUACUACUAUCUCUGCUGUCUGCGGCUGUCUGUCUUGGCAUCUCGCCAUACACGUCUACCCGUUCUUCCACCUUUGUAUUGUAAUAAUAAAGUAAUUUAAGUACGUUUCCA